GGACAUACGGCUGAGCCUGUCUACUGUACUGAGAUCACAGAGCUAAAUUCGAUGUGCUACUAAUAUGGACUAAACAGGGGUGGUGACGCAGUCUCCAGGUCAUUCGGACCAAUGUUCACAGUCAGGUGCAUUGUGGGAACAUCUGCAAAGUAUCUGAGACAAGGGAUCAAGCUGCAGAACAGGAUGUCGACUUCACCUCACCCUGUGGCUGCAGUUUGUCAGGUAACAGCCACACCAGACAAACAGGCCAACUUCGCCUCCUGCAAACAGCUGGUGGAGGAGGCCAAGGCUGGAGGGGCCAGUAUGGUGUUCCUGCCUGAGGGCUUUGAUUAUAUAGGAUCCAGUCGAGAGGAGACACUGACUCUGUCUGAGAGCCUGACAGGAGACACGAUUUCACAAUACGCUCAGCUGGCCAGGAAGUUGGAAGUUUGGCUGUCCCUGGGAGGAUUUCAUGAGCGAGGACAUGACUGGGAAUCUGAUCGUAGAAUUUACAACAGUCACAUUAUUAUUAAUAAUAAAGGUGACAUUGUUUCAGUCUACAGAAAGUCCCAUUUGUUUGAUGUGGAGCUGCCAGAGAAAGGUGUGUCUCUGAAAGAAAGUGCCUUCACCAUCCCAGGACCUUCACUUGUAUCUCCAGUCCAAACUCCUAUUGGCAAGGUUGGCCUUGGCAUCUGUUAUGAUCUGAGAUUUCCUGAGUUGUCUGUGGCUCUGCAAAGACAUGGGGCUGAGAUUCUAACUUACCCAUCAGCCUUCACUGUGGCUACAGGAACAGCUCACUGGGAGGUGUUACUGCGUGCACGUGCCAUUGAGACACAGUGUUUCGUCUUAGCGGCGGCACAAGUUGGCCAGCAUCACGAGAAGCGCUCCUCAUAUGGACAUGCGUUGGCAGUGGACCCCUGGGGGGAGGUACUGGCUGACUGUGGGGGGGGGGAACCUGGCAUGGUUCUGGUAGAGAUCGACCAGGAGAAGGUGAACAGAACAAGGAGGAACAUGCCAGUCCAGCAGCACCAGAGAGACACAAAUUUUUAUCAGAGACUGGAGGAGACAUGAAGGAAUGAGGAGAGCAAAGUACAAACUUGAAACACUGAAGACAACAUACUACACAGAAUGUAUUUCACAAAGAGAUACUAAGAUGCUUUCUCUUUAUCUGUUGUUUAUGUUUCUACAGUGCUGCUCCAUGAGCACAUGAAGUUGUUUAAUCGAUGAGUGAUUUAGAAACAAUUGUAUUUUCAGCUUGUUACAUAAAAGUAGUGUUUGGAGUUGAUUGUUUUAGCUAAGGCUGAAAUCAUUUUUCUCAAUCUUUCUGGCACAGUCCAAACAAGAAAAAAACAAAUCAGAAUGCCUUUAAAUGCUGUUACUCAACCUGGUCAGUAGAUGGUGCUGUGGGGCUGUAACAACAUGAGGUUCAAAAGGAAAACGCUGGUAAACAUUCCUGUUUAAGUUGUUAGGAGUGAUAUACAGAGAUCCUUUGUUCUGAAUGCAUUUGUACAAAUGCUCCUGUAAGUUUUCUGUAGUGUUAGAGUACAUUAAAAAA